AUGGCUCAGGCAAAAAUUCAUGCGAAAAUGAACGACGCCGCUAAGGGCAGCAUGUUCAGUAGAUCCAUGUCAAUGGCAGACCGCGCCGGGCGAUUGCUGGAGAGUUUGGAUCAACUUGAAUUGAGAGUGGAAGCAUUAAGAGAGGCAGCCACUGCUAUGGAACAAGAGAAAGAGUGUUUACUGGAGAUGAUCCAAUCGAUACAGAAUAGCCAAGAAAUGCGCAGUAUCUGUGAUGGGGAGAAGGAGGAACUAACUCUUACUGCCGAUCGUCUGAUGGGCAGGACAUUAGCUGUUAAGGUAUGCGUGGACACAAUUCGAAAUGCCCAACAAGAUGAUGCGCUGAAGAAAGCCACAGCUCUGAUUGAUGAAAUCGCUGCCAAAGUGCUCGAUGACAUAGAGGGUGCCCGUAAAAAGUUGGAGGCUUUUCACGCGGCCUGCAUAACUGAGGCACCGCCGGUGCCCAUUGAUCAGAAAUUUCAGAGCAUCGUGAUAAGUUGUGCCUUAGAUGAUCAGAAGAAAAUCAAGAGACGACUCGAGACUCUUAUCAGAAACAUAGACAAUGCAGAGAAAAACAUUAAAAUAAUGGAUAAUCAGAAAGUGGAUGAUUCGAACAAAGUGAAUGGCAAAUAA